CUGGUUCUUUGUAUAAUAGUACCUACCGGUGCCAACAACGACAACAACACAACAACAACUUCAAGAUUGGGUUCCAGUUGAUUCAAAAGGUAACAAGUACUCUGCCAUUGUAGGUCGUAGAAUAGGUGAGGCGCAACCUACCAAACUCCAAACUAGUAACAACAACACGUUGUCUUGGGAGCCAAAGAGUCUUUUGGGGGUUUUUCUCUCUGAUUCGUCUCGAGCUCGGGAGCUUCUCCGUUGUACUCACGCUAGGGGGUAGAAAAGGAAUUCUUCUUUCCUGUCGUGAACAAUGGCGACAUCCACCAAUCGGGAACAUUGGUCGCAUCCUCCGGCGGUACACCCUGCCCGACCCCCCGUAUACGACUCACCCGGAUGGUCUCACGGAGGAGGAGGAGGAGAACCCUACGAAUCCUACGCUGGGGGACCUGCGGCGUACCGGGGAUCCUCUGCCGCCACGUACGGCGCACCGUCCCGGAGGGCCGCCUACCCUCACGUGCCGGUGCGUCCACCCCGACCUCACGACUUUGCUCCGCCGCUUUCGCGUUCCGGUUGGAGACCUCCGGUAGCCACGGAACGACACGUGCGUGCCAACACCAAUCCUCCGCACAAGUCGCCUCCCAAAGCGGGAGAUACCGGUUGUGCGACCAGUGCCUCUACCAAUCGUGUCAGUAGCCGUACCAAGAAAAAGGAUGCGGAUCCCCUGGCGCUGCUCGCCAAGGUGAGUUCCACCAUGGAAGACGACGAGGACGAAGAAGAAGUAAAGGAAGCUUCCCCUACAUCCCCUUUACAGCGCCGCAGUCAGGAAGUCCCCGUGGCGACCGCUACGCCCAAGUCCGAUCCGUCGACCUACGUUCCCCGACAGCCAGCGUACACGUACGGUCCCAAGCCCAUUACGCCCACCGGAAACUACUCUCCCUACGAUGACGCUCCACAGUACCAUCAUCACCGGGGACCGGCCUAUCCACCACCACAAACCCGGGGAUCGUUGCCCCCUCAUCCGUAUCCACCGCCUUCCUACCUUCCGCACGCUCGAGUCGGUCCUACGGAAUGGGACACGGGACGUCCCGUCAUGGUGGAGCGUACCUCUUUUGAUAGCCACGACAGUGGGGACUACAGUCGCGGAGCGCCACCACGCUACUACUACGAUGGUCCGGACUACGGACCGAGUUCGCCGCCACAGCACUACUACGCUCGCAGUGGUUCGUACCCUCCCUCGUAUGGUGGUCCACCACCCCAAUGGGGAUACGAAGGUCCGCCGUCACACGCUCCAUUCUACCCCCCGCGGGGUCCCCCCACCGCGCACGGCGGACUUUACGAGCGACCAGGUCCGGAGCGAGACGCGCCACCACCCCCGUACCAGUCCUCGACGGCCGCACCCUACACAUACGUGCAACAACCAACCCUGGAAGAGAAAACGGUUCUGCGCAAAAAGUUUUCGUGGAAACAUUAUCCAGAGCUGGAACGAUUCUUGAUCUCGCAUCGCGACGAGUAUUUGGAACAUUCCAGUAAGAACUACACUGCGGAACAAAAGACGUACAACAACUGGUUGACCAAUCAGUUGCUCCAUUUGGCUGCCCAACACAACUACCAGUUUGAUCCGCAAGCCUUCACCUUUGUUGCCAUUCGCGAUCGCAUUCGUUGCUACUACAAGUCCUACGUCCAGACGGCCCGGAAACGAGGACUGCCGCUGCCGACUACUCCAUCCAUUAAAAAGACCAAGUCGCCACGCGACGGCGACGAAGAAGUGUCUUUGUCGACGCCGCCAGUGGAAUCCAAAGGUGUGACGUCAUCAGGCAACAAUGAAGGCGAGACUGGACGAGCGGCGAACGACGCGAUGACAACCGAUCCUCGGGAGGAUUCCGGAACCGAUUGA